GGCUUUUUAAAAUAGGCUUGUCUCACUAAAGCACGGGGUCCCUGCCAUAAACGAGGCAUUAACUGUCAAUGUAUUGGAGCUUUACUAAGUCCUGCUAGGCAAGCACCUACCUAUCGCUGAGAAAGGUGAAAAAGUAAAGGAGAUUUCCUAGUUUACAGAUGUUGGGGGGGGUCACCGAGUAUGCUGUGAAGCGGAAGGGAAUCGGUUAACCAGCAAGCUUUUGUUAAGCUCCUUUCCCACCUCAGAUGCUGCACUGGGCACUGAGAAUGCGAAGGAGAAAAAGGAGGCAGCUGCGGCCUUCACGGAGCUAACCUUCCAUUGAGCAAGACUUAAGGAGCCGGGACGUGACCGCGGAGGCGAACGGGGCAGGUGCAAGCGUGGGUCGGGGAUUUUCGGCCGACGGGCAACACGACCGGGCCUUGCGUGUGUUUGUGCGCCCCCCCGGGGCGCGGCUGCAGUGGUGGGAGCUGGGGGGCAGAGGCGAGAGCGGGACGAGCGCUAAGUCUGCCCCUUGGAUGUUUGCUUUCCAGAGGCUUCGAAGAGCCGCCGCCGCCGCCGCCGCCAUGAUCCUUUGGAGCCUUUCUAAGAGAGCGCCGCGCCGGCCUGCGGGGCCGUGCCUGGCGGCGGCGCUGAGGCGCAGCUGCCGGAGCGGCCGGGGCCCGGGCGCCCCGGGGGCCUCGCUGGAGGUGCUGGGCAAAUCCUACCCUCGGGAUGAGCAGAGCAACGUGCCGGGGAAAAUCCUCUCCAAGGUGGGGAAGAGCCUGCACCGCCGGGAGCACCACCCCCUGUGGCUGCUCCUGGAGAGGGUGAAGCGGCACUUCUACCAGCAGUACGCGGGCCCCUUCGGCACGCCGCGCUUCUCCGUCUUCGACGGGCUCUCCCCGGUGGUCUCCACCCGGCAGAACUUCGACAGCCUCCUCAUCCCGCCCGAGCACCCGAGCCGCCGGCGGGGCGACAACUACUACCUGAACCGCACGCACAUGCUGCGCUCGCACACGUCGGCCCACCAGUGGGACCUGCUCCGCGCCGGCCUCAGCGCCUUCCUCGUGGCCGGGGACGUCUACCGGCGGGACCAGAUCGACUCCCACCACUACCCGGUCUUCCACCAGCUGGAGGGCGUCCGCCUCUUCAACCAGCACCAGCUGUUUGGUGAUAUAAAAGAUGGAGAACCCCUCCAGCUCUUUGAACACAGUAGCCGCUCUUCCCAUAAGCAAGAGACCCACACCUUGGAAGCUGUGAAACUGGUGGAGUUCGACCUUAAGCAAACCCUUACCAAGCUUAUAAUACAUCUUUUUGGAGAGGGACUGGAGAUUAGAUGGGUGGACUGCUACUUCCCUUUCACUCAUCCGUCUUUUGAGAUGGAGAUCAACUUUCAAGGAGAAUGGAUUGAGGUGCUGGGAUGUGGAAUCAUGGAGCAGCAGCUAGUCAAUUCAGCUGGUGCUCAAAACAAUAUUGGAUGGGCUUUUGGUCUGGGAUUGGAGAGACUGGCCAUGAUCCUGUAUAAAAUCCCUGACAUUCGCUUAUUCUGGAGUGAAGAUGAGAGGUUCCUGAAACAAUUCCGUGUACCUAAUAUCAACCAAGAUGUACACUUUCAGCCUCUUAGCAAGUAUCCAGCUUUGGUGAAUGACAUCUCCUUUUGGCUACCCCCUCAGAAUUACUCUGAGAAUGAUUUCUAUGACUUAGUCCGAACCAUUGGAGGAGACCUGGUAGAGAAGGUUGAUCUCAUAGAUAAGUUUCAGCAUCCCAAAACAAUAAUGAAGAAUGUCCAAUUCAAAGAAAUUUUGUGAAUAGAACACAGGAAGACCAUUGAAUCGGAAUUCACGCAGCUAUGAGGAAAGUUAUUUCAAAUUGGGACCAGGACAGAAAGACUCUUACUUCCUCUGGGACCAAGAGAAUUGAGACAAAUUAUUUUGACCUCAGGCUGGAGGUGGACAUGAAUGUGAGUGAAGUGAGAAGGAAAGUUGAAAAUAAGGCUUAAUAUGCCCUAUUAACAAUAAUAACAUUAAUAUGCCCUGUACUAUAUGAAUUUAUACUAAGCUGAAUUGAUUGGAAGAAAUCCUGUACCUGAAUUUAAUCUGUAUAUAGUUUUUACACUUCCCCCACUUUCUCCAUUUUUAUACUUAAUAUAAUUAUAUGUGGUGUGACAGAGAAACAUAGUUGAGUAAGAAUUAGCUCAGAUCAUAUAUCUAAUCAUACUAUUUUUAUAGGCAGAUUCCCAAGGUACCUGAAUGAUGGCACCUGAAGGUUACUCAACUAGUGCUGGAAUAACCCAUGGUGCCUUUUUUGGGGGACAUUCAGGAGGUUCAGCUCAUCAUAAGAGCUACAAAUAACAAUAAUAAUAGAAUGUAAUAAUUUGUAAAACCUACAUUAAAUCAUUUUGUCUUCAUGAUAAUCCCUUGAAUCAACCAAUCAUUCAGGCAUCGUUUUGUCAUUUUGUAUAUGAAAGAAACUGAGGCUCACAAAGUUUAAACCAUCUGCCUGAGAUUAAACAAUUAGUGAAUAGCUGAGUCAAGACCUGAAUACAGAACUCCUAAGUCCAGAGCUUUUCCCCACAUAUAAUACUGUCUCUCUGUUGCCAUGCCACCCUUGUCCAUUGAAAUGCAACCUUUAUUUUGAUUCCAAAAGCUCAACUAGAAGGAAUAUCAUGGAUUAUCUAUUUUACCCCAUACCUACACAGUAAUUCCUGCUAUAACAUUUCUGACCAGUAAUCAUCCAGUUCCUCUUUGAAUUCAUUUCAACAUCUGCUGAACAUCUAUUAUAUAGUUCAAUGGACUAGAUUGGGCUCCAGUAACAUAGGAGUCAUUAUAAUAUUUUGCAAAUGCUUUGAUCCUUCAGCAUUUGAUAUUUGAACCAAUCUUCUGAGAAAGGUACUACAAGUACUGCUACUCUCAUUUAACAAAUGAGGAAACUAAUAAAUGUUUAUUGAUUACCCAAUUAAAAAUCCCGAGGUUUUUUGGUUUUUUUACAUGAAUUAUUGUCCAUCCUAUUUCUGUGCACAUUGAUUUUCUGUAUAGUUCUAAAGAGCCCUCAUUUCUCUCUUGCCAAAAUUGGAGAGAUACCACGGGAUAGUGAAAUGAGCACUGGAUUUGGAAUCAAAGGACCUUAGCUCAGAUAUUGGCUUUGUACUUCAUGUGUGACCUUGAACAAAUCAUGUGAUCCCUAUGAAACUCAGUUUCCUUCU